AUGCCCAGCUUCUUCCAGUUCACGCAGGGCACAGAGUCCCGCGUCCGGCCCAACGACUCGUCGCCGCUCCUCGGCCGCUUCCGCGCCGUGCCGCCCCGUCCCGAGGCGGGCGUCCGCCGUAACAGCCAGCUGGGCCUGCUCUCGGACAGCAUCGCGGCGGGACGCGGCAGCGUGCACGUCGGCUACGGCGCCCUCAUCGCCGCCCACCUCGGCGACAGCGACAGCGAGGACGAGUGCAUCCGCCGCGACGGCCGGCUCGAGCCCCGAGAGAAUGUCACGGCGUGGGAUCGCCUUUGGCAGAAGUGGGUGACUGAUGUUUGGGUCGAGCCCAGGCAGUCGGCCGUUAUGAAGGUUAUGGAUAGGUGGUGGAGCCGAUACGGGCUGUUGAUCUUUCUGCCGGCCAUAUUGGCAAUCGUGUGGUGUGCUAUUCCGUUUCCUCAGUACCCCUUGCCACGCGAUGACGGUGACGAGGAGGAUCCAACGAAACCUGGCAAGCGUCCUGGCUAUGGCGCUGCCAACGUCGAGGUUAACUUUUGGUUCUUCCUGUUUAUAUACUACGGUUUCUACAACGCCACAGCGUUGGUAUGGAUUACAAAAGUGUUUAACCUCUACAGCCUCAAUUGGUGGCCGAAGAUCCUGGGAUUUCCAGUCACUGUGUCAUUAAUUGCCAUCGUCUCUCUGGCAGUUCCGGUACCCAUCUACCUAAUACGAGAAACUCGCUGGUUGACGAAUCACAACACUUCGUGGAUCUCGUGGACCUUUUGCGUCAUGGCUAUGCCGGUGGCCAUUGCGUUUCUCAUUCUCAUGACCAACGAACGCCACAUUGGGCUGCGACACUCGUUGUCAGAAACGCAGCGCAUCUUUACCACAUCUUGGUGGACGGGCGAGCCCGACACGCUGUCACGGCCCGAUCGACGCCAGCGUAAUGUACCGGGCGACUUGUGGGAGCACGACGUGCUGCAGUCUUAUGGGCCGACGCGGCCGCAAGGCGUUGCCAUGAGGCGUAGGUGGCUUCCGGCAAGCUUCAUCCGGUUCCUCUGGCUUUGUGUGGCAUUGUUUAUUGGACUGGUGGCGUACGUACUUGGAGAGGCAUACGCCGAGCUCUAUCUGCAGACGCUGCCGCACAACAGCUUGGAGACAGUCGUGUACGUCUAUGGCUGGAUCAUUACGGUGCAUCUGCUGGACGCACUUACUGGCUGGGUGUUGGGAAUCAGAGAGGGCGAGCGAGUGGGAAGCUACCCGCUGAGCUGGGUGUUCAAGCUGUAUUUCAUGCUGACGUACCAAACGUACGUGCGUGCGCUGUACGCUCGGCUCCGUACGCCGCAACAGUUUAUCGUGCUGCAGAUUCUGUCGUCGACGAGCCUGGUCAUUCUGACGCCUCUGAUGAUGACGCAGACUUUUCAUAAAGCCAUGUGCGUGCUGGGCCUUAACGGGCAAACGUACGGGUCGUACCAGAAGCUGCAAACGCGCAACGUCUUUAUACGGUUCCUGGCGGAAAAUGCAUCGAUGGCGACGUUUCUGGGAAGCGUGCUAGUGCUGCACUAUGGCGCCAACAAGGACGUGUAUCCGUACUUUGCGUUUGAUCGCGACUCGGAGCCGUACAACCUGAACCUGACGGUGUACUUUUCGGCGAUUACCUGGUUGUGCGAGCUGGUGGCGAGCGUGGCGGUCCGGGGCCUGAUCCGGUACUGCUUCAAGGUGGACGUCGGGCUGGAGGGCAAGCUAGACCUGGCGGUGUGGCCAGAGCUGCUGCCGACAUGCGUGGCGGUGAUGCUGCACGUCUUGCAGAACAUGAUGUUUUCGAUAAUCCGGUUGCAAUUCCAUUGA